AUGACUUCGAGAGUACCAACUAGACCAACAGUAUCACAUACGCCAGAUGCUAAACUCCCUAAAAGUGCAAUUCAUCCUAUAAAGGACACAAUUACCUCUAGAAAGGACCCAGUUAAAUCUAAAAGAGAUGUCCGCGAUGUUAAACAUGCUGGUAUCGCUUCUAAGAGUAAUAAAAUAAUGAAGCCGAAAGCAGUUACUCCGAAAAAAAAACGACGUAAAAAACCAGUAAAAACAUGGUUAAAAACACCAGCCGAUUGGGCUCAAUUCUAUGCUUGGGCACAAAUAAAAGCACAACCAAGAAAGUAUCCAGAACCAGAACCGAUCAUUCGACCGUCAAAACCAUUGCAUUUGUUGAGAAGGAGGAUCAAACUAUUGAGCGAGAAUCCAAAACGUGGUGAUCCGAGUAAACAAUGUAAGCCAGUCGAAACGGAAAUUUCAAGAGCAGCUUUGAAUGCAGUAACAACGAAACGACUUUUGAAAUUGUCAUUACCAAAGUUACGUAUAUGUGAUUAUGGCCGUGAAUUGCCUACUGUAAUAUACAAAGCCACUCUGCAAUAUAUUCCAAGUAAGAGGAUACAACGUUUGAGUCAACCAAAAAUUUUCGAACUCGAGGAAUGUAAGCCUGUGGAUAUACCAAGUGAUACAAAAAAUAAACGUCAGGCGAGAAAAAGAUUAUUGAAGCUUAAGAAAAAAUUGAUUGAGUGUCCGGAAGGUUUGACCGAUGAGGAAAAAAGGGAACUCUUCACAGAUGUUGGGAUUAGAAAAAGUGCAUUAACGUACGAGAUCACACCGUGGAUGGAGAUUCUGGCUUUGCCAGGUUACACAAUAUUAAAAUUUAGAGAUGACGAAGAUGCCAAGAAAUGGAAGAAAAUGUUUUUAGAGAAUUACGAGGUAAGAGGUAAGAAAGCUAUCGAGGAACAAAGAAAGAGGAUAGAAGAAAAGGAAAAGAAGGAGAAGAAGAAAAAGAAAAAGAAGGAAGAUGAAGAAAAAGAGAAAGAUGAAGGAGACGAGAAAAAAGAUGAGGAUACUAAAGAUGAGAAAAAAGAAAAAGAAGCUGCGAAAAAAAGGAAACGAAUUAAGCACGCAUGGAGAUACGCCCCAUUACCCUGUAAAACAUACGAGGAUGCAUUUUUUACUAAAAAAGCAGCCUUGAAUGCCAAAGCUUCGCCACGAACGAAUGAGCUGGCAAAGCACACGGAACACAAGGAUUUAACGACAAAGAAGCACCCAUACGACGUGAAAAAGAGUGCAUUGAGUGCAACGAGUAGCGGCAGAACCAAUGAAUUAGCGAAACCGAAGCAGCCUCGGGAUCCUAUCAAAAAACCUCCCCCUCGUGAAAAGAAUGUAUAUGGUCAAAUAAUUUUUAUAAAACCGAUAUACGGAAAGGUUUUGCCAAAAACGAAACCAUACAAAAUGGGAGAGUGUACGAAGAAAGAGGAUAAGAAAGAGAAAAAGAAAAAGAAGGAAAGAUCUAUCGAUCCGAUCGUUUAUGAGCCGACUAUUGACCCAUGUAUUUAUCCAAAACUGGCGAGGAAACAAAUGAGAGAGAGAAGGAGGAUUGAUAAGAGGAAAGGAAAAACUGAUAAAGACGAAACUGUUGAAAAACAUGAAAAAAUAGAACCUGAACCUACAGCAACCGAACCUGAAGGAGCUGAACCUACAACUGAACCUGAAGGAACUGAACCUACAACAACUGAACCUGAAGAAACUGAAAAUGAAGAAAAUUAAAUAUUUUUUCAAAUGAUCGAUGAACUUUUUCAUUAAGACGAAUAGAUAUCAUUUACAGAAACAUCGCAAACAAACAAUUACCGUCAAAUAAGAUUUUAUCGACUCGCAUAG